AUGAUCAAGGAUUCGAGAGACGCUUACAGGAUGCUGAGAGCGACAGAACAGCUCACGUGGACAGCCAAGCUCGAUCGUUUCAAACGCGGCUGCGACGACACUCGAGCUAGUAAGCGAGGGUGCGACCAAGAGCAAAGCCCAUGGCAGAACUUUUCGGGGAGUCAUCUCUCGAGCAAAGUCAUCUUCAGCAAACCCAUCGACAGGCCUUGGCAUUCGCACAAUGCACAGUGCCAGGGCAGUAUUCUCAGCGCGUCGCAAGUGCCUUGCGUGGACCGUCAGCUUCGGAUCAUCGUCGAAUGCGAAGAGGAUUUCAACUUUUCAAGUGGAAAUGCUCUGGGAGGACUUGGUAAUAGAGCGGCAUCUAGCCAGCUGGCGUUCUCUUCGCAGCCGACAUCGCAUUUGAUCUUGCUGGACGUCGACCUCGUGCGCAUCAACAAAGCCUACUUCCAAACGGAGCACAGGCUCAAGGCGGUCGUUGUGCGUCGUCAGGACAAGUGCGUGCUCAUCCGGAUGCUUGACGAGCACGAGUCAUCCAAGGCCCGGCGUGCUCAACUCGAAUUCUCCAAGCAAGAAGACGCCGAGACAUUCCUGUCACUGAUCGAGCCGGACAGUACGCUGCUGGCAGAAGGUCGCAGCGUACCCGUAAAGCAGGACAAGGGCAAGAGCAAAGAAAUGGCUGAGGUUAUCGUCUCUGCGAACAACCAAGGCGUCACGAGGGAACCGUACAGGACGGCGGAGGUUAACAAUGAUGUUGCUCUAGAUGUCUCGAAGCCCGAAAACCAGGGCCAAAGUCUCGGAGAGAAGCUGUUGCAAUUGCAACAGUCUCGCCUUGGCCAGCCCCUCGCUGGACCGUCGACCGGCGGCAGCUUUCCUUUACACUCUCAAGGACAAGACUGGAACGCCCAGACUCCAACCGCAUGCUGCUCCUGCUGUGUCCAUGCAGAGCGUGCCGAGAACAGCAACAACAACAGCACCUUCACACCUACGACCGAGUAUUCGACAGCCGAGUUCGGCUCAAGCUUAGACAACCUUGUCGGCGUUUACCAGGGACAGGGACAGGUGUCUACUCCGUUUACGGAGCCAAUGGAGCUGACGGAGCUAACCGACGUAGGAGAAAUGCAUGGGAAGGAAGAGGAGGACGUCGAUGACGGACUCUACGGAUGGCCCGACGCAAGUGCAGUCGAGUGCAUUAUAGACGACAUUUGCAGCCUCUGCCUCAGGGAUUCCCAUCUCGAAUGGGUGAUUGCACGCUGUGUAGACCAGCACUUGCAGGGUUCGGAGGACAGACCAUCUGUGUAUUCUCAGUGA